AUGCCGUUAGACACCCUCCGCCAGGUGCACAGGCUCCAGAACGCGCUGGCGGCGGUGAGCGAUGCCCCGGGGCUGGGCCUGACUGAGGCCGCUGAGCUGCUGCACGCUGAGCUGGACGCCUCGCUGGUCAGCAUCUACGGCUUCCAUGGGUUCAGCGGCGCCCGGGUCGGCGGCGAGGCCUGCACAGGCGCCCCCGCCGCCGCCGUGCUGCUUGCUGCCUAUGGCAGCGGCGACGACCUUCUCGAGCGCUGCCCCGUGGUGACCGACCCGACCUUCCUCGCGGUGCCAAUCGGCCCCGUGGCCCGGCCCUGGGGUGUGCUGGCCAUCGCGAAGGACGUCCCCGGCAGCCUGGCAGGACCCAGGUGGCAUGUUUGGCCUAGUGUGGCCGCGGGGGCGCUCGUUCACCAGGUCCGCCACUGGCAGACCGCCGCGGCGUGCGCGCUGCUGUCCAAGACCGCCGCCACGGACGACCGCAUCACGCUCAUAGGGCAGCUGCUGAGGGGCGCUGGCUCAUACCUAGAGCGCGCCUGCAACGCGCGCGUCGGCGUCCGCUUCGCCAUCCUGGACCGGGAGGCCACUAAGGCCCUGGUCUUCGAGGCUGCAGCCGCAGACGCCUCCGGGCAAGACGGCGGCGCCGCGGCGUACCACGAAGGCAGCGCCAUGGUGGCUACGGAGAUAGACCUCCCUGGCACGCUGCUGGCCAGCGCCGUCUCCCUGCGCAAGGCGCGCUUCGUGCGCGACUGCACCUCGUACAUGCAGAGCAGCGCGCGGCCGGCGCGCGACAUCUUCACCCAGACGGCGCAGCUGGUGGCGUCGCUGCUGGUGGUGCCGUUUGUCUACUGCGAGGACGCCCCCCUGGCGGCGCUGUACCUCACACUGGAGGCGCCCAACGACUUUGCGCACAUCCAGGGGCCCCUGCUGGGAUUCAUCAAGCUCAUCGCCCCGCUGCUGCACCAGCGCCUUCAAGACUCCCUCGAGGCCGUAUGGGAGGAGGCGCGCGCCGUCCGCACCCACUCCUUUGGCCUGCCCAGCCUCGGCCCGUUGUCCCGCGUCUCCACAGAGGGCAGCUCUGCCGCAAGCACGAUGGUCGACCAGCUGCACCUGUGGCGCAGCUCCAGCGGCGACGCGGCGAGCAGCAGCAUGUGGAGUUGUGGGUCGGGCAGCCGCAGCGGGGUGGACGCGCCGACCAGCCAACUGGCGCGGUGCAACACGAAGCGGCUAUGCACCAGCGCCAUGACUAAGGCGGUCGAGCAGGAGAUCAUGAACUGCAAGCGCCUGGGCAGCGGGGACAUGUCCACCGCCGCGGCGCUCGAGCGCAGCUCCAGCGACCGGCACGCGCAGCUCGCUGCGGCGGCGUGCAACGAGCUGGUGCUGGGUGACGUCAUCGGCGCCGGCGGCUACGGCUCCGUGUGGCGUGGCUCCUGGAAGCAGGUCACUGCUGCGAUCAAGGUGAUGUACGAGCGCGCCACCGAGCAGGAGGCUAUGAUGGUGGCGAUAGAGAUGGCUGUGCUGUCCACAGUGUCCCACCCCCACAUCAUCCAGGCCUUUGCCUGCCUCACAGACCUCGUGGAGGCCGCCAGCCCGGCACCUACCCGCUUCAACGGCCAGCGGCACUCGGGCAGCCUCAGCGACAGCGCCUCGUCGGCCCCGCCUCCGCCGUGCUACCGGCGGCUGCUGCCGUUUGAGGAUCCCGAGGAUACAGAGACCUGCAGCAUCAUAGUCAUGGAGUACUGCAACCUUGGGACCCUCCGCCAGGCCGCGAAGCGCGGCGUGUUCCGCCACCGGAUGAGCGCAGGGGCCGCCGGUGUCGUGCGCGUCGACAUGGCCGCGCUGCUGGAGGUGGCCCUGCAGGUGGCUGAGGCCGUGUCCUACCUCCACAGCAUCCGCAUCUGCCACUGCGACAUCAAGAUGGACAACGUGCUGCUGAAGAGCGAGGUCUCCCAGCCGCGCGGCUACAUCUCCAAGCUUGCGGACUUUGGCCUGGUCAAGGUGCUGGGCAGCGGCGACGCCGUGGUCAACGUGGCCUGCGCCGGCACCGUCACGCACCUCGCCCCCGAGCUGUUCGUCAAGGGCUCCCGCGUCACCACCGCCGUGGACGCGUACGCGUUUGGCAUCCUGCUGUAUGAGUUGUACAUGGGCGGCGCGGGCGCGUACCCCGGCCUCAGCAAGGCCGAAAUCAUAGAGCGCGUCGGCCACGGCGGCAUGCGGCCGCGCUUCCCCCCCAGCGCGCCGCGCGGCUACGUCCGCGUGGCGACCGCGUGCUGGGCGGACGACCCCGCCGCGCGCCCCGCGUUUGGGCGCAUAAUCAGCGAGCUCCAGGCGCUGCGCGACCUGGCGUGA